UGUGGUCGCCCUGGUUACGGUCGAUUCCGGUCCCGGUCGGUUCCGCUUCCGGUUCCGGUUCGAGCGCGUGGGUCCGGCGAUGCGGCCGCUGACGGACGAGGAGACCCGGCUCCUGUUUGAGAAACUCUCCAAAUACAUUGGAGAGAAUAUAAAGUUACUGGUGGAUCGGCCUGAUGGAACCUACUGCUUCCGCUUACACAAUGAUCGUGUUUAUUAUGUAAGUGAGAAAAUCCUGAAGUUGGCAACAAAUAUUUCUCGAGAUAAACUUGUUUCAUUCGGAACCUGCUUUGGAAAAUUCACUAAGACUUUAAAAUUUCGACUUCACAUUACAGCACUCGACUAUCUUGCUCCCUAUGCCAAGUACAAAGUGUGGGUGAAACCAGGAACAGAACAAUCUUUCUUGUAUGGAAACCAUAUUUUGAAAUCUGGUUUGGGCCGAAUUACCGAAAAUACAUCCCAGUACCAAGGUGUAGUGGUUUACUCAAUGGCAGACAUUCCGUUGGGCUUCGGAGUUGCUGCAAAAUCAACACAGGAUUGCCGGAAAGUAGACCCUAUGGCAAUUGUUGUAUUUCACCAGGCUGAUGUUGGCGAAUAUGUUCGGAACGAGGACACUCUGACAUAACUCAUCUUGUCAAUCAUAUUAAAAGACUGUUGUUCUCAAACUGAGAACAUUAUUAACAUGGAUUGCUCUUUACUAACCAUAUUCCUUUGACAUCUUCACAAGGAAAUGCACAACACCCAAUUUUGGUGGGGAAAUUAAGUGAAUUCAACAAGCUUUUCUGUAACCGUAUGCUUGCAAGAUGAUAUCGUUUGUAAACCUAGCAGGUUAUUAGUUCAGAAUUGUAACAGUUGUACACAAGGGCACUUUCUUGUGAAAAUGUUGCUGGUGUUUGAUCCUGUUUCUUUGGUUUUAAAUUAUAUUGAAGUUUCAGGUAAUGGAGUAAUUUAAUAGAUUUGACUUUUGAUAAUCCUCAAAUCCAACUUGUUUAAUUGUGAAGAAUGGAUUGUCUUCAAGGACUCCAUAUGAGUUUCAUUCGUGGGUAAUUUGCAUAUUUCAAUUGGAGGGUAUUGAAAACCAUUUUGUUAUAUUUGAAUUAUUGUUAUUAAAAAAAACUGCUCACUACUUGCUACCAGAUUAUCUCUCCCUAAAUUGUUAACUAUUAUUUUGUCACCUGCUUUCUUGUUUUUACAAUGUAGGUCUAAGUUCAGUUGAUUAAAGGAACUAAUUAAAUUUAGUCCAAUCCAGAGAAGUAGGUUAACUGGACUUUUAAUAUAUUUUCCUGGUGUUAUAUCUCACUGGGGUACUGUGGUGGAAAUGAAGCUUUACUAUUCGCGGAGAUAUUACCCAAGCUGAAGAUGGUUUAAAAUAUACAGAAUUCUCCAGUUUACCUGCCAGAACCACAAACCAAUUCACUACUUGUCAAUCAAAGCUGCAUUUGCACACAAUCCUUUGGCUCCAGUUUGUCUGCAACCAUUGCUAAAGCCACAGCUGUGCAAACCAUGAGUAUCAUAAAGGGUACCAAUUUACUUUCAAGCCAGACAGCAGUCCUUGCCGUCCCUGCUUUUAAAACCGUUCUUAACUCAUUUCCAUGCAUAACUUUAAAAAUUGCAAAUAAAAACACAUAUUCUUUACAAGAAAUUGUUGUCAGCGUUGAUAAUGAGUGUUGCAAAUAUAAACUUGUAAUCCUGUAAUUGAAGCCGUCUGCUAACAGCGGUGCUGCAGUUUCAAUUUUGCAUGUAACAGUUUUUUAAACUGUUACUGCUGAAACAUCUACGCUCAACUGUUUUCUUCCCAAAUUUCUGUCAGUUUUGUUAUUUAAUACAAAACAGCUCUUCUUUCGCAUUCAGCUUUUCUUCUGUCCUGGACCGCUAUCCAUUACUUCCUUGUUUACCCAGCUUUUCAUUUCUCUCUCUCUCUCUCUCUCUGGGCUUCUUCUCCAACUAUCCGCUCACCCACCACCUCCUACCCUGCCCUGCCUCCACCCCUGCCCUGCCUCCACCCCCACCCCUACCAACUUCAGCAUAAAUGCCAGUUUCUCUAAGCUACUGACAGUUCUGACGAAGGGUUACUGGAUUUAACUGCUUUCUUCCCACAUAUGCUGCCAGACCUGCUGAGUUUCUCCAACAAUUUCAGUUUUUGUUAUUAAAUACAAUUUGCUGUUAUAUAAAUUUUAUAUCUACGUGUACUGCUGGUGAACCUUUUCAAAUGCUGAUGUUCACAUUUUAUAAUGAGCACAGCUUUGAGCCCAUCACAUCUUAUUGGUACACUCUUACCAAUAAGGCACUCCAGCAACAUCUCUUGCAAUUAUAAUGCACAAUAUUGUAUUAUCACUGGUGGUCAUGCCUUCGGUUGCCUUGACCUUAGGCUUUGUAGACUCCUAACUACCAUCAAUUUUGAAGAUACUGCUUAAAAUCUUGCCCUUUGAUCAAGUGUUUGGUCACUUGCACUAGAAUUUCAUCAUAUUGUUUAGUGGCAAAUUUUGCUAGUUUCUGUGUAAUCCUACGGGAAGUUUUUAAUGAUAAACGUGGAUCUGAAUUUGUACUAAAUUAAACAAUAUAAUCUUUAAAUGGGGAAUUAAUCUUUGAAGAUUAUCCCUCAAACAUUUCAAAACCCAUCUUUUCAAAUAAGGGUUUUACAUCAAUAUACUUAAUCUGUUCCAUAUUAGCAAGUGUCUUUGCAGGUCUUAGUUGUAAGUUGCAUUGGGACACUUCUUGCAUGAAAGUCAGUAGGCUAAGGGAGUGCUGCAGCGUUGGAUAUGUUGUCAUUUGGAUGAGUCAUCUGCUGUCUCAAACAAUUAAGUCCAUGAUACCAUUUUGAAGAUGAACAAGCAAGUUCUUGCUGUUGUCUCAGCCAAUGCCUAUUUCUCAACCAGCAUUUAUAAGAUGGAUUUUUUGCUCAUUAUCACAUUGCUAUUGUAGGAUCUUGCUGUGUCCUUAUUGGCUGCCACGUUUCCUAUAUUUCAACAAUGAUUAUGCACUGGUGUGAAUGAAACUUGAGCAAAAUGAAAUUUCAACUGUGGAUGUAUUUACUCAUUCCUCCUGGACCUUCUGUCUCUGGGUGAAUUCUCAUGCAUUGGUAAUAAGCUGACUUACUUGGUUUAAAUCUCACCUCUUUUCAUCCUGGAAAUUUGUACUUUAUUAAACUAAAUGUACACUGCCAA